UUUUACAUUUCAUUCAUAAUAUAUUCCAACUUCUAUCUCCUCGUGCUCAUAAUCUUUGCCCAUCAAAAUAAACUUCUUUCAUUUUAUGCAUGAAACUUCUUCUUUUCAUUCCUCAAUUCUAGAAAGAAAAAAACAAUUUCUUUGUCUCCCUUUUUUUCUUGAAUAUUUUGCCUUGAAGUUGUAGAUGGGAUUAGGAAGGAUUGGAUUGUUUGAUCUUGAAAAGCAAUUUGCUUUCUAUGGAGCUUACCAUAGCAACCCAGUUAACAUAGCAAUCCAUGUUUUGUUCGUUUGGCCAAUUUUUUUCUCAGCCCUUCUUAUUCUCUACUUCGUCCCUCCCUUCUUCAACCUUCCAAAUUUGGAGUUUUCCCUUUGGGGGAGCCAUGUGAUCUUGGUUUGGAAUGUUGGGUUUCUUGUUGCUUUGGUAUACUCAGUUUUCUAUGUCUGUUUCGACCUCAAAGCUGGUUCCUUGGCUGCUUUGCUUUGUGCACUUUGUUGGGUCGCUAGUAGCUUUGUUGCAAGCCAACUUGGGUUGUCUCUAGCUUGGAAGGUUGUUCUGGUAGUUCAGAUAGUCUGUUGGGUAGGGCAGUUCAUUGGUCAUGGAGUAUUUGAGAAACGUGCCCCUGCUCUUUUGGAUAACCUCAUUCAGGCCUUUGUAAUGGCUCCUUUCUUUGUAUUGCUAGAGGUACUCCAGACUUUAUUUGGUUAUGAGCCAUAUCCAGGAUUUCACUCAAUAGUGAAAGCAAAAGUAGAAGCUAACAUCAAUGAAUGGAAAGAAAGUAAGCAGAAACUAGUAUCUUAGAUUCUUCUUUAGGCUUGUACUUCUUUAAAACAACGAUCGCCCUCAAACAGAGGAAGAAUAAAAGCUACAAAUUAUGCUAAUAUGUUUUCUAAUAGAAGCAUCAACCAUGUAUGUUGCUUCCUCUUCGUUGAUAUGGUUUGGAUGCUAUCUUUUAUGACGUGGCAAUAUAUGGAGCAUGAUUUGUGUAAAAAUAUGUCUAUACUCACAUUCCAUAAAUCCAUGUUUUCCUUUUGUUUGUCUCUUUUUUCAA